CAGCUGAACUCCUUGGAGCAGCUCUGCAUCAGCUGCACCAACGGGAAGCUGCAGCCGCUCUUCAACCACACGAUGUUCGUCCUGGAGCAGGAGGAGUACCAGCUCGAGGGCAUCGAGUGGAGCUUCAUCAGCUUCGGCCUGGACCUGCAGCCCUGCAUCGAGCUCAUCGAGAAGCCGGCAGGCCCCCCUGGCAUCCUGGCCCUGCUGGAUGAGGACUGCUGGUUCCCCAAAGCUAGCUUCCCCAAAGAGCUUCGUGGAGAAAGUGAUGCAGAAGGUGGGCACCCAACGCAAGUUCCAGAAGCCCAAGCAGCUGAAGGACAAAGUUUAUUUCUGCAGCAUGCACUAUGCAGGCAAGGUGAGGAGAGCGCACGCCGACGAAGGUGCUGGCUGGACCAUCUCCAGAGACACAGAGAUGAUUCUAAGACCAUGGUGGGGGCAGGGGCCCAGUAUUCUGGUCUUGUGACUCAGAUAAUGUUCCUGGAGGGGAUAUCCAGCAUUCACGUGACUCCACCACCUUGCAAAGCGUGUCACCAUUUACAUUUUGUUAGAAGCUUGCAGCAGUCAGGUUUAUCGGGGCCAGAGGAGGCUGUGUCUGGUUAUUACACAGACCCACAGCUGCUGACUGGAUCUACCCAGCUGAGAACGUCUGGGUCAGUUCACACUCAGCCAGAGGGAGACUCCUGGCCCUUUCUCGUCCUUCAUCUCCUUCAAGCAGGACAUAUUUACUGGGUACCUACUGCCGUCAGUGAGGAACACACCAUUUCUUGUAUCUUCCAUCCCGCUGCUGGCACCAUGACAUCAGAAACCAACGACGACUGCCCAGAGAACAAAAGCUUUUUUGAUGAUGUCACUGACUAUUUCUGGGACGAAGUGAGCAGGGAUGAACUGCAACUCCUGCUGACUAAAGUUGAAGCCUGGGAGAGUUUUAUGUCUGCGGCUGGUUUAUCCAGGGAAGAGGCAGACGCACUGCGUGAAUACCUGAACAAGCUGAAAGCAGAAUCGGUCCUGAACGACAAAGACACGCUGCAAAAAGAGCAGCUGGAUAGGGAGAGGUUUUUGAGGGAGUUUCCUCGGGUCAAACGAGAGCUUGAGGAAAGCAUAGGAAAGCUCCACGCACUUGCAGACAAGGUGGACAAUGUUCACAGGGACUGCAGCAUCUCCAAGGUGGCGGCCGCCUCUGCUGGUGUUGCGUCUGGCAUCCUGACCUUCCUUGGCCUGGCUCUGGCCCCUGUGACAGCGGGGGUCAGUCUGGCACUCUCGGCAACUGGGUUAGGGCUGGGGGCUGCAUCUGCCGUGACUGGUGUGACCACCAGUGUCGUGGAACAUGUUGUCACGUCAUCAGCUGAAACAGAAGCCAAUGACCUGAUGUCAACUGUCAUCGACAAAGAGGAGGCGGCUGCAGGGGCUCCUGGUAAACGUGCAUCCGAACUUGUUCCCUCAACACAGAAUAUCUUCCAAGCCCUGCAAGGCAUUGGGAAGAACAUCCGUGCCAUCAAAGUGGCCAAAGCCAACCCUCGCUUAGCCGCCCAUGCCAGGGACUUUAUGACCACUGGGGGAGUCUCCCUCCGAAGAAGCAAGCAGGUGAGGAAAGCCUUUGGAGGCACGGCUCUGGCGAUGACCAGAGAGGCCCGCAUCAUGGGUAUGGCCACUGCAGGUGUCACCCUUCUGCUGGAUGUGGCCUCCCUGGUGAAAGACUCACUGCACUUGCAUGAGGGGGCAAAGACGGAGUCGGCUGAGCGGCUAAGGCAGCGGGCCCGGGAGCUGGAGAGCAGGUUGGAGGAGCUCACCCGGAUCUACGAGAGUCUGCAGUAGGGCCCAACCCAGAGCAGUGCAGGGAGCAGGGGCCCGCGCGGGGCCAAGGCACGGAGGUACCUUGUUAGAGGGAAGAAGAGGGUGGGUGAGAUUAAAAAGACAGAAGUCGGGGUUGCCAAGGGGGCAGGUGGUGGGAAGCGACUGGGAUUUCAAAAUGUAGAAUAGAUAAACAAGGUUAUACUGGAUAGCACAGGGAAAUGUAUACAAGAUCCUGUGGUAGCUCACAGUGAAAAAAAAUGUGAGUGAAUAUAUGUAUGUUCAUGUAUAACUGAAAAAUUGUGCUCUACACUGAAACUUGACACAACAUUGUAAAAUGACUAUUACUCAAUAAAAAAUGUUAAAAAAUAAAAAAAUAAAUAAAUGGGGAAAAAAAGACAAAAA